CGGCUCCGCUUGCUGUUUUUCUUUCCCGGGCUGUGGCUUCUCCUACGGUUCGCGAAGAUGCAGCUCAAACCCAUGGAGAUCAACCCCGAGAUGCUGAACAAAGUGCUGUCGCGGUUGGGGGUGGCCGGCCAGUGGCGCUUCGCCGACGUACUAGGGCUGGAGGACGAGGCUCUGGGCUCGGUGCCAGCGCCUGCCUGCGCGCUGCUGCUGCUCUUUCCCCUCACCGCCCAGCAUGAGAACUUCAGGAAAAAACAGAUUGAAGAACUGAAAGGACAAGAAGUGAGUCCCAAAGUGUAUUUCAUGAAGCAGACCAUCAGGAACUCUUGUGGUACCAUCGGACUGAUCCACGCAGUGGCCAAUAAUCGAGACAAACUGGAAUUUGAGGAUGGAUCCGUCCUGAAACAGUUUCUUUCUGAAACAGAGAAGAUGUCCCCUGAAGACAGAGCAAAGUGCUUUGAAAAGAAUGAGGCCAUCCAGGCAGCCCACGAUGCUGUGGCCCAGGAGGGCCAGUGUCGGGUAGAUGACAAAGUGAAUUUUCAUUUUAUUCUGUUUAACAAUGUGGAUGGCCACCUCUAUGAACUGGAUGGGCGAAUGCCUUUUCCAGUGAACCAUGGCACCAGUUCAGAGGACUCCCUGCUGCAGGAUGCUGCCAAGGUCUGCAGAGAGUUCACUGAGCGCGAACAGGGAGAAGUCCGCUUCUCUGCUGUGGCCCUCUGCAAGGCAGCCUAGGCCCCAAGGAAGGGGCUGGCUGUUCUCCCCACACCCGCCCAAGCAGUCCGCAAGCUUCCACGCGUGUAGACGCAGCUGUCUCCUUUGGGUCUACAGACACACUCUUCCCUCCACCACACCCAACACUAGAGCUCAGCUGCUGCAAGCCGAGCUGGAGUGAGCUUUGGACCAGAAGCAUUUCCUCACCAUGUAUGUGUCUUAUACCUCAGUAUCAACGCUUUCACGACUACUUUGGUUUGUGUCUGUAAGUUAAGCCCUUAGAUGUUUGUCUUUAAAAGAAAUAAAACUUUUCUGCUGAUAAAUG